AUGUUUCAGCGCCUCCGCGAAGCCAUCGACUCUCGCAUCGCAGAGGAACAGGCACGCCAGAAGUCUGCCCAGGAUAAUAUCUCGAGAUCGAAUUCUGCUCGUCGCCCGCCCAAUACCAAUCUCUCCCCCGGUCAACGUUCCCGCCCCCGACGCAACACGGGGACCCCUGUCCGCGGACCGGACCCUAAAGAAUUCGAGGCCGAAUUUGCGAUCGGAGAUGAUGAGGAUUCGAGUCGUUCGGCUACGCCGCGUUUAGAGACGCCGGACGAUGCUUCGGAGGGAACGGCUACUGUUGAGACGGAGCGCAGCGAGGAUGGCGAGAAGAGUAAGACAAAGGCGCCCGCUGCCGAUGCAUCCGGAAAGGAGACUACCUCCGUAGAGAAGGGGGCCGCGAGUCAGACGACGUCCGAAUUGCCGGCAGAUGUGAGGGGAAAGUUGCGGAGAUUGGAUAAACUGGAAGCUCGAUACCAUGAACUCCUCAAGGCAUACCGUGCGGCGCAUUCGCGUGUCCUCUCGAUCGAACCCUUCGAAGCUGCUCUGCGCGAAAACACCCCCCUCACGUCAAUCGCCGAGCCCAAAGCCCUUACGGAAUAUCUCAAUCAGAUGUCGCUGAAGAGUGACAUGAUCCUUGAUGAGCUGAAGCGGGUCACAACCGAUCGCGAUGACUACAAAAAGAAGCUAGAGGGGGCCCAAAAAGCUACCAAGGCUGCGCACGACGAGUUGACCGGUCUGAAGACGGAGAAGGAAGCAUCUGUAAAGGAGGCGAAGAAGUCACCCGAACAGAAGGAAGAGGCUAGUGAGGAAUUCUUCUCCUUUGAUAACGAGGUCCCCCGACUGGAGGGAGAAUUGAAGGAGAAGCAGGAGGAGGUCGACACUCUGAAGACGGAAGUGGAUAAGCUUAAGAAGGACCUUUCUGUUGCGCGCGAGUCUACAGAAGGAAUGGUUCAAAGCUUGGAGACAUCAACCCGAGAGCUGGUGGAGUUGCGUGACUCCAAGGACAAGCUUGAUGCCGAGAUCAAGACUUUGAAGACUUCAAAGGAAAAGGAUGUCGAGGAGCUCAAGACCAAACUUGCCGAUACCGAGUCGUCUCUGGAAAAGGCUACUACCGAGGCUGAGAAGCUGAAGACCGAGUUGAAGGAGAAGAGCGAAGAACUUGAGAAAUUGCAGGCACAGGCUGCUCAGACGGACAAGACAGAACCAAAGGUCGACCCGAAACUACUUGAACAGCUGGAUGAAGCUAAGAAGGCGAAGGAUGCCAGCGAGAAGAAACUUGAUGUCGUGCAAAAGUUGGUAGACACCUUCAAGUCGCAACUCAAGGAAGCCGAGUCGCAAGUGUCGAACCUCAAGAAGGAGGUUGAGCAAAAGGCCGAGACUUCUUCCAAGCUUAAAAAGAUCGUUGACUUUGUGGAGGGAGGUCUGAACGGGAAUACCGCUUGGAAGGCUGCCAAGGAGAAUGUCGCUGCUGGCAAGACGGCCGAUUUCGAGGAGAUCCGCAAGAGCCUUGCUCCAGCUGAGAAGCCCGUGGAGUCAAAUGUCCCUGCUCCACCAGCCGAGGUUGAAACUCAAACCGCUGCCAGUGGAGGCGCUGGCAGUAAAAAGAAGAACAAAAAGAAGAAGAAGGGAGGAAAGGCUGCAGAGGAGGCUUCCAAACCGGAAGAGACGACCGCCGCAGACCAGUCCGUCAAGGAAGCGCCUGCGCCAUCGUCCUCCUCUGCUGAUCACGACGAGCUCAAGAAAAAGAUCGAGUCUCUGACCCAGCAGCUAUCCGAAAAGGAGGCGGCGAUCGACCGCCUCAGCGCGAAGCUCAAGGGCGAGGAAGAUCUGAAGGAGGAGAUCGAGUCUCUGCGGGAUGAUCUUGUCAAUGUCGGACAGGAGCACGUCGAAGCCAAGGACAAGAUCAAAGAGCUCUCUGCCGAAAAGUCUGCCCUGGAAGAAACCAUUAACAAAUUGGAGAAGGAGCUGGCCGAGGUCCGCACGAGCAACGCUUCUACCUCUGCCGGUUCCGAGAAGUUACACAACGAUUUGAAGGAUGAGUUUGAGCGUCUCAAGACUCGGUCAGCCACCUUGGAAACCGAUCUCUCUGCUGCACAGCAACUGGCUGCUACGCGGUUCAAAGAUCUCACCGACCUGCGGGAGACGCUUCAAAAGGUCCAGCCUGAGCUGCGUAAUCUGCGCGCUGAAUCAUCAGAGUUGAAGACGAUCAAGGAGACUCUCACUAGCAAGAAUGGCGAACUGAGGAACCUUGAAUCUAAAUGCGAUGACCUCCGCGCUGAGCUCAAGUCUGCCAAGACCAGGGUAUCCGAGCGUGAUUCAGAAGUCAAUACUUUGAACAAGAAGAUCCGCCAAGAGACGGACAGUCGCCUCAAGGCCGAGGAGCAGCUCACCGUUGCCCAAUCCGACCUGCGAUCAGCCGAAGCUAGAAAGCAGGACGCUAUUAAUGCUAAAGACAAGACGGCGGGAGACUUGAGCAAAGCCCAGGAUGGGUUGAAGAGUUCACGUGUCAAGAUUCGUGAGAUGGAGGACCAGAUUUCCCAGUUGAGCAAGGAGGUCGACGGUCUCAAGGAGGAGACUCAACUAAAGACCGCACAACACGCGAGCGCACAGAGUCUCAUGGGCAGCAUGCGUGAUCAAACUGCCGAGGUGGCCAUGCAGAUAAAGGAGGUAAAGGAGCGUUGCGAUAGCCUGGAGGAAGAACUGGCUGACGCUCAUCGUCUGCUGAACGAGCGCACUCGCGAAGGUGAGACCAUGCGCCGACUGAUCAAUGAUAUUGAAAGUCGGGCCGAAGCCAAGGUGCGCGACUUCAAGGAGCGAAUGGAAGCUGCGGUCGAAGAGCGCGAUCGUGCCGAAGAUGAAGCCAGCACCCAGGGUCGUCGUCGCGCUCGGGAAAUGGAAGAAUUAAAGGCCAAGUUCCGCGAAGCCGAGCGCACACUGCGUACCGCCGAAGAAGACAGAGAGAACCUCGAGCAGUCGCAGAAAGACUGGCGUCGUCGUCGCGAUGAACUCGAGUCUCAAUCGGAGCGCUCGACCGAGGAACUCACCGAGAUCCGUCAAGCCAUGGCCUUCCUCCGCGAACAGCUGGACGAAAGCGAGAAGCAAGUCCGCGACCUUGAAAAGGAAAAGGCUGAGCUUCGCCGCUCCGUCGAGGAAACGAGCAACCGGCUCGAAAAGCUACGCCGCUCUCACAAGACGCUGGGUGAAGAUGUCCGCCUCCGUGGAAUGGAGUCUGGUCGCCAAUCUUCACGGUCAUCGAUGGACUCUGGUUCUCGCCGGCCCAGCGGUGUUCUCUCCCCGCCCCCGCAAGACCGCAGCACGUCUAGUCGGAGAAGUGAGACUCCCUCCGGUUCUGGGGCCGGGCCUAGCGGGUCGAUUGACUAUAUGUACUUGAAGAACGUUCUGCUACAGUUUAUGGAGCAGAAGGAUAAGAGUUAUCAGAAGCAGUUGAUCCCCGUAUUGGGGAUGCUGCUGCAUUUCGACCGUACCGAUGAACAAAAGUGGAUGUCAGCUAUCAUGUCACGCUGA